AUGUCAGGAGUCAACGGAUACGAUCCUCGCUCGUCUGAAAAAAUCUCUGAUGGCACAAGUGCUAAGAAAAAUGAAAAUUCCAAUAAUAACCAAUGCUCUACUGGCUCAACUGGUUCAAAUACAGGAUCUACAUCAUCGUCUUCAUCAUCAUCCGGUACCAAUCAAACGACAAGUGAUAAUAAUAAUGGAAACCAAACGACUGGAAAAUCCUGA